UCCACGCACAGACGUUUGUUUCGGUUCAGUGGUGUGUGUUUCUGGGUCAGAAUGAAGCUGUUGUUCUCUGGAGCCGUUCUCCGCUGGUUCUCUGGUCUCGUUCUCCUGGUUCUGUGUGUCUGUGCUUCCUCUGUCCUGACCGAGAAGCUCUUCUGUUAUUACUGUCCUCAGACGUCCUUCAACCGGAGCUGCCGGCCCGUUCUGUCGGAGUGUGGUCCUCAGGAGGUCUGCUUCACGGCUGACGGCCGCUUCGGACGUUCUCCGGUGCUCUUCUCUAAAGGCUGUAUGUCUCUGACGGACUGCAAGCGUUCCAGCAGUCAGAUGAUCCGCGGAAACAACAUCAGCUUCAGCUUCUCCUGCUGCGACCGUCCUUACUGUAACUCGGGCCGGCGCUGGGCCCUGGGCCCCGGGCUCCUCGCUGCGACUGCCAUCGCUGUGCUCUGCUUCUGGAGAUGAGACGUGACCAGAACAAACCCAGCCUGCUGAUGACCUCCCCUCAAACUCUUUUAACGGUGCUUUAAUAUCUGCUGGCUGAAGCUUGCCUCGCUCUUCCGACUCAAGGCCUUUGUGUUGCUUUUAUCAGUUGACUUUCAAGUAAUUGAUCGGCAUGAGUGUGUUUACAUAUAUUUACAAAUAUUAGUGUAAUACAAAUAUUGCCUAAAAACAAUACAACCCUCACGUUCUAAUGGUUUCCACGACAACUGCAUUACAAGCUCUGCAGACCGUUUCAGAGCACUAGUGAUGUGUUUUGGAACUGAUUCCAUUAGAAUCUAUUGGUUUUAACAAGUGGUUUAGUUUCUGCCAGCAGAGAGGACACCUGUAACAAACUAUUUAAUAAAUAAAUAAUGUUGGCGAAAACCGAGAGUGUUGAGUCCUCUAGUGUUGAGUGUACAGCUAAAAGUGAUCAUCCCCAGUAAUAUCUGAAUUUGAUCUGUUUCUGUAGAGCUAUAAAACCUUGGCUUUCCACGCAUCGGUCUCCAUGCUUGAGGAAAAGUAUGCUGAUAAAUGCUUCCCUAAAAAUCCAGGCUGUUUCCACUAUUUCUGGUUCUGAGAGGAACCAUGGGGAAUGUUUAAAUAAUCUGAAUUAAAGUGUUUUUGUUUUUUUUCAUUGUAAAGAGUGUUUUGUGUGGAAGGAUUAUAUUAAAUAAAUAAUGGUGUUGAAGUCUUUGUUUGGUUAAAAUGAAACAAAAGACAGAGUUUUGUAGUUGAGUGCUGCUCAGUCUGGUUGAAGUCAGGAGAUGGACUUGUCUUCUGCUCAAUAUUCCACUCUUUUUACCUUCUCUACUUGUGCUGUAUAUUUUGGAUCUUGUUCUAUGAAGAUCCCUUUACCCCUCAGAACUGAUCCGGCCGCUUCUGUCUCUUCAUCUCUAUUAUAAUAAUAAUUCCUUACAUUAAUGUCAUGCUUUUCAAGGCACUGUUCUGUCUAAUCAUCACUAAACGCUCAUCUUCUGUCUCAUCGUCACUAAAUAUAAUAAAGUGUGUCUGUGUUCAAAUACACAUGGAUCUAAUUGCACAUGCUAUAUGUAUGUUAAUGAUUUCAGGUUUAUUUUGAAGCGUUUCUGUUCUGUAUAUCCUGUGACUUGAAGUAGUUUAGUAGC